GGAGCAUUGGGCCUGGCCAGUACCUCACAGGAACACCUAGGGUGCUGCAGGGCGUGGGACAGCACUCCGAAGGAGGUGCUUUCCCUUGUGCAGUGCUAGAGGGCGCUGUGCUGCAGGAAGAGGGUGGGGUUCAGUAGGGGGCUCUGUCCCCUGGCAGUCUGUACUGUCCCCAGUGCGGUGCCGGGGACGCUGACAGCCACGGGGGGGUGUGGGUGCUGAUGGAGCAGGUGGGGGAGCUGUCGCCCUGUACUUCCCUCUCUAGCUAUCAGUGAUGUAUACACUGAAGAGGAGAGCCAAUAUGAGGCUGUCGACCCAGCUGUUGGAGCAAGGAAAAGGCAGAUGGAGCAGCAGGAGGCUCAGGCUCCAGUUUGCCAUCCAUAGAGUGAAGAUUGUGCUCCCAGGAGUGGGCAAUUCAUUACUGGAGAGGGCUGUGCCCUCUGAUGGAUGCUCUGACUGUCAGGGCAAUGUGCUGUUUCCAUGUUGAUUUCCCAACCCCCUAGAGUGGGAGUGGAGACAGGGCCAGCGGUGGAUUUUGGCCUGCACGACUGUCCUGGGAGUCUCUGUGCUGCUGAACCUGCUGCUCCUCACACUUGGUGUUGUCCGAUCUGCUGUGACAUGGCCGAGACCACUGGUGUGUUUCCAUCUCCUGCAGAUAUGGAGAUGGCCAGUGCCCUUGAGAGAAUGCAAGUGGAGAACCAGCAGCUCCAGGAUGUGGGAUCUCCAGCCUCUGGCUUCUUCCUGAUCUACAGUGAGUCACACCAGCUAUGCGUGGAUGUGACAGCUGGUGGCUCCCUGACAGCUGCGCCUUGCACCCCUGGUGCCCCCAGCCAGCACUUCCAGUGGCUGUCUCAGGGCCAGCUGCUGAGUGUGGCCCACCAGAAGUGCGUAGCUGUGCCAGAGCGGCUCAGCCGAAUGGCUGUGCACCUGGAGCCCUGCAAGGCCCAUAGGGAGCUGCAGCACUGGGAGUGCCGGGCAAAUGGGCUGCUGGCCCUCGCCAAGGAGAACCUCUACUUCAACUAUGGCAACAGCCAGAACCACGUGGUGAUGCUGUUCACAGGGGAUGGGCCCUGGAGCCGUUGGGUCGUUUAUGGGAGCCAUGAGGACCUCUGCUCCUGUGCCUGUCAUGUCUGCACCCCAUGUCGCAGGGGGUGGACUUUCUUCCAGGACAGAUGCUACUUCCACUCCUGCUCCCUGGGCACCUGGGAUACUGCCAAUCGCUCCUGUGCCUCUCUAGGUGCCCUGCUCCUUCAGGUGACCAGCCUUGCUGAGCAGGCUCACAUCGUGGCUUCCAUGAAAGCACCAUCCUUCUGGAUGGGCCUCACGGACCAGGCACUCGAGGGGGCUUGGAUGUGGGUGGACGGGACUCACUCAGCAGCCAAUGCCAGCUAUUGGCAGACAGGGGAGCCCAAUGGCAGGCAGAAGGAGAACUGUGCGCUGGCACGGCAGGAUGGGCACUGGUAUGAUGCCCCAUGCACGGAGCAGCAUCACUGGGUGUGUGAGAAGGAGCCCUGAGCCUGCUUGGACUAGCCACCGAGCAACCUGGCCAGGCUCUGGCCCUCCCCCUGCCCCACCCCUCUGUCCCCCACUGUGACCCAAGGACCUCUUGAUGCCAACUAGCAGAGGACACUAGGGGUGCAAGCUAUAGGGACUGGUGAUAUUUAAGGAGUUGUGUAUCUGCACAAAUAUUAUGUUCUUAAGGUCUGUGUCUAGGUACUGGCCAUCCGGAAAGGGGAAAAGCAGAUUUUCUUUCAGGCAAGAAAUGUUAAUCUCUCUGCCUGUUUGCAUGUAAAUCAAGUACUGUAUGGUUCACAAUGGGCAUCCACUCAGAAGUCUGAGCUGAAUGCUAAUGAAGAAUUGUGAAGUCUUCAAAGAGAGAAAAUUAAGAGGAGGAAUUAAACAGCAGUAGUUGUAAGAACAUAAGACCAACCAUACUGGGUCAGACCAAUGGUGCAUCUAGGCUAGUAUCCUGUCUUCCAACAGUGGUCUAUGCCAGGUGCUUAAGAGGAAAUGACAGAACAAGCAAUCUUCGAAUGAUCCUUCCUCUGCCAGAAGCUGAUUGUGGACGACAAACAGAGGCUAGGGAUAUUCAGAGCAUGGGGUUAUGUCCCUGCCCAUCCUGGUUAAUAGCCAUUGCUGGACC